GCGGCAGUGCACAGCAGAUGAACUGAGAGCCGAAGAGCAGCCAUGAUAGCGAGCCUGAGCCUGCAGCUGUGUGCGCUGGAGGAGAGCUGAGGAGUAGAAGUCUUUUCUCUUCUCUCUCUCUCUCUCUCUCUCUUCUCUUCUCUUCUCGCUGAGGAUGGCAGGGAUGCUGCGCGCCGCAUCACUCUCUCCGGCUCUGUGAAACAAACGCACGGUGCCCUGGACGAGCCGUACGGCAGGACCUGUGUGUGUGUGUGUGAAGCUCAGUGGAAUGUUUUCAGAUCUCCCCAAGGUGCUGAUACUGGGGGCCAUCGCAGCGGCCUCUGCCUUCGUGGUCACCAUCCUUAUCGUCUUGGUGUGUGUAGGGUGUCAGAGAAAAAGCAAGAGCAAACAUGGCCAAGCCAACGGAGGGGGUCAGAAAUUGGAAACAGCAGCGCUGCGCCAGUCCAAGCUGAACUCAAUGAGUAAAUCUGACACCCGCCUGCAUGACAUGCACAGGCUGCCCUGCAACGCCAACGGCGCCCCUAAGAGCCGGCCGGCCAGCAUGGACCUCCUGCUUCUGCAUACCCGCCGCUCCAAUUCUGACCUCCGACCCAGCCCAGCCCGCCAACUGCCUCGUGUUCCCAUCAAACCCGACAGCGAGGAACGUGAUCACACCUACUCCGAAGUUUCCCGCCACACCUCUCCCACGUCCCUCCCACCAGAUGACGGCCUGUAUGAGAGCGUUGGAAUCAAAGCGGCUGAUAAAGCUGCUCCGCCUGCUGCCAUUGCCCCGCCACCAACCAACACUCAGCGGCAAGUUCACAGCCCGACAUCAAGUGCGAAUGGCCAAGGUGGAAGCAGAGGGGGCGCGAGUCAAGAGGCGGUGACGGCAGAAUACGCCUCUAUACGGAAGGUGAAGAAGCUGGAGCGCGGCAGGAGAGAGGAAGUGGUGGAGGAUGGAGAAAGAGAGCACCAGAGCGUGUCCAGCAGCGAGUCCUCCAGCAGCACCUUGCCUAGGAAAUCCGUGGAACCAUUUCACCUACCCAAUUUCCCAAAGGAGGCGGUCUUCAUGGGCAACGGGGAACAGUACAUUUGGAAACCACCAGAAGAGGAUGAGAUCAUCGUGCCAGGGGUUCCUCAGCUGGAGAACGGACACAGUCAUCCCACCGCCGUAGAGAUCUCUGACAUGUACUCUACCGUUUGUAAGACCCUGAAGAGGAGACACCAGCAAGGCCAGAGCCAGGAGGAGAGCAAGCCGACGGCCUCUGCUGCGCCCCAGGAGGAGGACAGGGGUGCCGCAGGCUGGCCCGCUCCCGGAGGCACUGGGGAAGAGGCGUGGGGGAGGACCGGCCCCCAGGAGGAGCCCUGCUACGAACCUGUGGGCGAGAAGACGUGGCCCCGGGGCCUGGCGGUGGAGUCGGACCCGGCUUACGCCACCAUUGAUUCCCACCGGAAAAGGGAGAAGCUGGCCAGCAACACGCUGAAGCCCAAAAAGAAGCCCGCCCAGGGUCCGGGCAGAGCCAUGACCUGUGAGAACUUUUACGAGACAAUCGGCGAUGUGAAGCAGGGAGCAAACGCAGCGAGCACCACCACUAUCUUUACCUUUAACGACGGCAUGGAAAUGUACGUUACGGGGCUAUAAACAAAAACAGCCUGACUUAAACCGUCAAAUGAAACACCUACAGAGGGGGGAAGAACAAACUGCAGCCCUCCUGUUGUGACUAAUCAAAAGAUACACACAGCUUACAGCUGCCAAACACAUGCAAACCUACAGUACAUAACCAGAUGACCAAUGUAUAUUUAUUGGAGAGCAACAUUCACGCAGACCAAAAAAACACUGAAUUGGCUGAAGCAGGCAUGCUCACCGAAUCCAGGGAUCUAAACCGGGUUUUCCGCCAUGCUACAGCAGUCGCUACACUGCAAAAGAAUGAUUUCCCCCUUGUUUUUCAGGGAAAUACCUAAACAUUCUUAAAUCAUGAAACAUUUAUUUGAGAAGCAAAAUGACAUUAUAUAAAGUCUUGUUUUCUGGAAACUUUAUAGUGACUUUAUUCUUGAAACAAAAAAUGAUGAAAGUUCACAAAGUAAUUUCGGGAGGAGUGACCCAAUCUAAUCUUCCAAUUAAAAGCAUACAAGCAGUCGCUCACUUUGCUCUGGCAUCCCUCCACCUCCCCAACUCCACCAAUAUAAUUUAGGCAUCUUGCUACCAUACUCCUCAUCCAAGCAUUAGUAGUCCCACUGGGGGGUAUAGCUACAGUAAGUUUGAGUUGAAGCUGCUUCCUCGAGCCCCUCCAUUGAGGACAGAAAGCCAAAUACGCUUAACCUUAUUAGCUUAUUAGAUAAAAUGGGAGAAGGAACUCGUGAAGUUUAUUUCUCUUAAAUAAACGUGUUUACUCUCUUAUCCCAUUGACAGAUAUUGUUUCAUUUUCUAAGUAUAAUCUCACUUAGUUUCAAGAUUUUUUUUAUGGCCAGAUUUAGUAACAACUUGUGCCAGCCUAAACCCUAUUCUAUCAGGAUUUCAGUGUAAAAUUAGCUAUAAAAAAAGCUUGGACAGUUAUUAAGUUUUCCCUUUCUGAAACAACAUUAAUGAGAGGAGAGUUUUUGAAUGAACAAUGUACUGUGAUUUACUCAGAAUUGAGAAAUAGUCAACUCUCCGGUUUAUGCGCCAUUUUUUAACGUCCAAAAAAAAGCAUGUCUCAACCCAUUUUGGCGUGGUAAAAGUGGGAGAAUUUUCUCCUCUCGGGCACAGGAACACAAGCAAACAGAUCCAAGAACAGAUAUGAGAAUCAAAACCAUAACAUGACACACACCAAAAAAAAAGCAGUGUGACACAUACUAGACUUCGCAACGAGUGACUGUAUAAACAGGGCUUAUAUAGAAAGAGAGUUAACAAAGGUAAUGGGAAACAGGUGGCAGUAAUCAGAACAUAAUGCGUCCGGGCAAAGGUUUAUGGGAAAUGUAGUUCAUGAUGGAGUGGCAAAGGACUAGGGAAUGUCCUCUGGUGGUAAUCAAGGGCACUGCAACUGGUGGAUGUAAACUGUUGAUUGCGCUGGUCAUAAUGGAAAUGCACUGCUUCGUCUGUGUUCUUUAGUUUGAACAUUGUCAGUAUGGUUUUGAUCUGCAGAAAUUUCCACUCCCGUCUGCGAUUUUAUGGUAUUCUGCUCUCACGCUAAAUUGCCCUGGGGUGUGUUUCCCAUUCAACAACAUGCUUAACUACCAUAGUACAUUGCAUCGUUGGAAAAAUCAACUAGCUAGUCACGACUGUUACCCGAAAACGUAUAGUUGACAAUUUGUCAAUAUUUUUUAAAACUGUAUUGUUGCAAUGUACUAUGGUAACCACGUUGCUUAAUGAUGUCAUGCAGGUGGUGGAGUAAUAUCCUCAUUUAAUGAAUUUCAAUCGAAAAGUAUCUAUUCAAACGUUUUUGCUUUAUGAC